AUGCGAACGAUGAUGGUAUCAAUCAAUUUAUUUGUCGUCUAUUUUCUGACUUUCUCUACUUAUGUUCAUGGUCAAAAUAAAUGCGAAGCUUUUAUUGAUUUAGCUCUUAUAAUUGAUUCAUCUGGAAGUGUACCACCAAAUGAUUUUGAACAAGGCAAAAAAGCAUUGCUUGAUCUUGUAAGUCGUCUCAAUGUUGCUACAGAGAAGGCUGGCGUUGCCAUUAUUAAUUUUGCAUCGACACCAACACUUAGUGCUCAAACCAAUGUAUAUGAAUUCGAAAGAGGAAAUCUAUUUCAACAAAUAGCUGAUCUUCCGCGUAUAGGCACAAAUACAGCCACUGGCGAUGCUCUUGCUUUAGCUGAUGCCUACUGUCAAUCGAGUUGUCGAGAUAUUUCGAAAGGUGUUCCAAGAGUUUUUGCUGUAUUUACUGAUGGACAUAGUAAUGAAGGUCGACCAGCAAUACCCGCUGCUCAAGCUCUACGUUCAAGUCCAAUUGAAGGAACAAUAUUUGCUGUUGGUAUUGGCAAUAUUGGUCCAGUUGGUGAUGCUGAAUUACUUGGCAUUGCUGGUGAUAAAGAUUACGUCAUGAAUAUUAAUUCCUAUCUUGAUUUGGCUCGUGUUACCAAUGCUAUUACAAUGAAAAUGUGUGACUUUCCAGCAUUUGUUGGACCUGAUAUUAAGGUACAAAGUGAAAUGACAGGAAACUCAACUCGAUAUUUUAAAAUGCAUACGUUAAAGAAAGCUAAAAAGAACGCUUUCUUUGAAAUUCAAUUGAAUGAUCGAGCUGGAAAAACUGUAGUGUAUACAUCCACAACAAAUAAAAAACCAUCUGGAGCUACAUCAAAAAGCAUGACUAGUCGUGCUGCUGGAAGUGGCAAUAUCUAUACAACAUAUGUACCAUCCACUGCAGAAAAUUUUUAUUUUAGUGUUAAGGGCGUAUCAGCUACUUUGAAUCAAUUUGAUUUUACUGUACGAGUUCGACCUGUUUGA